AUGGGGGACCACACUCGACGUUCAGCCUUUUGUCGCUCCCCGAGUCUCUCUAGUCCCUCUUCAGACGACGGCGAUACCCCCAACUUUUCCAACGAGCCCACCACUACCAACAAUACUGCUGGGUCUGGGCCCUCAUGGCUUCCCCCUCAGACAACCCUUGACAUUAUCCAGGCACACCUGGCAGCUGACUUCGACACUGACACUUCUGACAUUUCUGAACAGCUUGUGCACCCCGACUUCUUCGUUUAUCUUGAGAGACUACGAAGGCUCAACGAGACCACUCGAGUAAAUGCGCGCAGGGAAAUUGAAGCCUGGCACCAAGCUGUUUUUGGGACCAACGAGUCCCAGAAUCAAGCUUCUGGGACGGUCAAUUCUCAACAACAACACCAGAUUAAUGAAUCCCAGUAUGAAGCUUCUCAGAUGCUCGACGAGUCCCAGGAUGAAGAUUCUGGGAUGGUUGAUGACUCCUAUCAAGGAAGUUCGCAAUUCACCAACGAAUUCAGCCAACCCUCGUACAAUGCCGGUGCCGAUCAUGGGUUACGGCCAUCCGCGAUGGGCGUGCGUGAGCAACAUGGAACCCAGGAUCCCAUUGCAGCCGAAUCAUCUGGGCCGAUUCCGCAUGUUCAUUUUGAAACACCGGAUCCCACGGAUACUGCCGCUAGGGACCAUUCUCAUCACCAUCGGCCUCCUUCCCCCUACCCUACAGCAAGCCGGGUCGAAUCCUCUUCUGCUCCAAACCCCAUGCCACCUACUGCCAUGCCAGCACGUGAGCCACCCCGGUAUACCGACUGGGGAAAUCCUGACAGAUUUUCAUUCGGCCCUGCCCCAUUCCCUGAGGGUGUCACCCCUUAUUCUCGAGAACGCAUUAUGCAAGCAUGGCUUAUCCGGCAGCAACUAAUUGCCGGCAUUCGCCCUGAUGACCUGGAGCCCAUGUCAGUCCCACUCGGAAGGCGGCACCGAACCCCUCCCUACAUGAUCUUGAAUGACAGCGGUGCACAUAUCGUAAGAAUUGAACCUGCCGCCUUCGAGGGUACCAUGCUUCCUCUGCCCGUCCUCCCUUGGCUGCCGCGGCGCCCAAAUUCAGACGCAUCCACUGCGCCUGUUUCAUCCAAUGCACAGGAUGCUUCGGGUCUACCCACUGGUCCAAAUAUCGCGACUGCUCCAGACUCAGCGAGUACUCUAACCCCACCGGAUCCUCCAGCCCUCACGGCUGAUCCAAGCUCCGCUAGUACUCUAAACUCUUCGAUUGCUCCAGACUUGUCGGCUGCUCCCAAUCCACCUGUUGCCCCAGAUUUGUCGGCUGUCACAAACCCACCGGCUCCUCAGACGCUCCCGGUUGAUCCAAGCUCAGCUAGUUCUCUGAACUCGUCAGUUACCCCGAAUUCGUCGGCUGCCACAAACCCACCGGCUCCUCAGACGCUCCCGGUUGAUCCAAGCUCAGCUAGUUCUCUAAACUCGUCGGUUAGCCCGGAUUCGCCGGCUGCCACAAACCCGCCGGUUGCUUCACGCCUGCCAGCUGCUCUAACCCCAUCGGCUGCUCCAUCAUUGACAGAGCAGACUGUUGUUUCGGACCCAACUUAUGCAUCAGAACAAAGUUCGGAAGACCCAGGUCAAGAUGCUGCAGAAAGUCAGAACCCGGAUCCGCGUAUGGUGGCCUUCUUCCAACCUCUUAGGUUACAUGAACCUGCUAAUCCAACCUCAGCUUCUGUACAAGAUCCGCAUCCAGAAAGACCAAACGCAUCUGAGCCCAACUCCAACGAGAACAGCCAAGUUUCCGUCGUUGCCCCCCAGUCGCAGUCGCAACCCAGCUUGCCCCUGGCUGUACAAAACCGUACCGAUACUGAUUCCAUCAGUUCUCAAGAAAUCCAUGGGGUUGGGGUGUCUCCCGCCCAUUCGCAGGACCGAGAUUCUUCAACUGUCUCUCCUUUGUCGGACGAAGGGACUGAGACCGGUGAUGUUCCUCCUCUCCAUGUCCCCAAUGGAAAUGGGGUUGUGCAUCACGCGAGUACCUUGUCGGAACCCGAGGGCCCUGACGAGCCCGCGGCGCCUCGUCUCCAUCGUUUUGCUAUCGAUGGAGCAGAUGAUUCACUCAGUGUCGGCCGCUUUUCUGGGGAGGUUAAGGCUGCCGGUGAUCAACCCUCUGAAGGAGGGUUGAUCUAA